CCGGUCACGUGACGCGGCGUGCGCGUCGCUGCCGCUCCUUCCCAACAUGGCGUCCUUGCUGCAGUCGGAGCGGGUUCUCUACCUAGUGCAGGGAGAGAAGAAGGUCCGGGCCCCCCUGUCGCAGCUUUACUUCUGCCGCUACUGUAGUGAGCUACGGUCGCUGGAAUGUGUGUCGCACGAGGUGGAUUCCCACUAUUGUCCCAGUUGUUUAGAAAAUAUGCCAUCGGCUGAAGCCAAACUAAAGAAGAAUAGAUGCGCCAACUGCUUUGACUGCCCCGGCUGCAUGCACACCCUCUCCACCCGGGCAACAAGUAUUUCCACACAGCUGCCAGAUGACCCCGCUAAGACCACCAUGAAGAAAGCCUAUUACCUGGCCUGCGGGUUUUGUCGCUGGACAUCUCGAGAUGUGGGCAUGGCAGACAAGUCUGUGGCUAGUGGAGGUUGGCAAGAACCUGAAAAUCCUCAUACACAGCGGAUGAACAAACUAAUUGAAUAUUACCAGCAACUUGCUCAGAAAGAAAAGGUUGAGCGGGACCGUAAGAAACUGGCACGUCGUAGGAACUAUAUGCCUCUGGCUUUCUCGCAACACACUAUUCAUGUAGUGGACAAAUACGGUCUUGGAACCAGGCUUCAGCGACCAAGAGCUGGUGCAACCAUCAGUACCCUUGCUGGACUUUCCCUGAAAGAAGGAGAGGACCAGAAAGAGAUAAAGAUUGAGCCAGCUCAGGCUGUAGAUGAAGUGGAACCUCUCCCUGAAGACUAUUACACAAGACCAGUCAAUUUAACAGAGGUGACUACUCUUCAGCAGCGUCUUUUGCAGCCUGACUUCCAGCCAAUCUGUGCUUCACAACUCUAUCCUCGUCACAAACAUCUUCUUAUCAAGCGAUCCCUGCGCUGCCGGAAAUGUGAACACAAUCUGAGCAAGCCAGAAUUUAAUCCAACAUCUAUCAAAUUCAAAAUUCAGCUGGUUGCUGUCAAUUAUAUUCCAGAAGUGAGAAUUAUGUCAAUUCCUAACCUUCGCCACAUGAAGGAGAGCCAGGUCCUCCUGACUCUCACCAAUCCAGUAGAGAACCUCACCCAUGUGACACUGUUGGAAUGUGAGGAGGGGGAUCCGGAUGAUAUAAACAGCACUGCCAAGGUGGUGGUGCCACCCAAAGAGCUGGUAUUAGCUGGCAAGGAUGCAGCAGCGGAGUAUGACGAGUUGGCAGAACCCCAGGACUUUCAGGAUGAUCCUGACAUUAUUGCCUUCAGAAAGGCCAACAAAGUGGGUAUUUUCAUCAAAGUGACCCCACAACGUGAGGAGGGCGAAGUGACCGUGUGCUUCAAGAUGAAACAUGAUUUUAAAAACCUGGCAGCCCCCAUCCGCCCCAUGGAAGAAGGUGACCAAGGCACAGAAGUCAUCUGGCUCACCCAGCACUUGGAACUCAGUUUGGGCCCACUCCUUCCUUAAAUGGUUCCGUUGGCAGGCAGAUUCCAAAGGACAGUAUCACCACAAACAUGCAUUAAACUUUGGAAACCACUACUUCAUUAGGCCUUGUUGAUAACAGUGGGCUUAUGCACUACUGAAUCCUAUUCCAUCAAGGGGAGAGGACAGUAGGUAAGCUUUGGGAACACAGAGUCAAAGCUGUUCCCUUUCUCUUAUUUCUGUUGACACUAAACUUGUCUACCACACUGAAUCUUGCAUGUUGAAUAACAGCAGCGUGGUUUACCCCAAGAAAGUUCCUUAGAACUCUCCAUUAGAUUUGCCACUGAGACACUGACUGUAUUGUCUUCAGACUUGGCCACAAAGGAUCACAAUCUCCCAGAUGAAACUAAAAAUGAAAAUUGGGGCCACGAGUAGGGCGUUUGCCUUGCAUGCAGCCGACCCAGGUUUGAUCCCCGGCAUCCCAUAUGGUCCCCCAAGCACCACCAGGAGUAACCUGAGCAUUUUGGGAGGUGACCCAAAAAGCCAAAAAAAAGAAAAUUAGAAAGUAAAUCUUGUUAAAGCACCCACUGCUUUCUGCAUUCCAUUAGAUAUAAUCAGUGCUGAGUGGUCUAAGCAUUCCUUCACUUGCCUUCACAGUUUCAUCAUUUCGUAAAUUCCCAUUUGACAAAAAGGAGUGGACAUUAUCUUACUUUUUCUGAUGAUUGGGGAAAUCUGCCGUUUUUAAGGUGCUGUCAUUUGGCCUUAUCUCACUGAAUACAAGAUAAUUAUCAGUGGCUCCUAAAACUUUUUCAGUGUAAAAGUGAACUGUUAGGGAGAUUUUGAAAAGCAGAUGAUUACAUAUCAUGUCAGAGAUGGGGGAAGGAGGUGGUGGAGGAGGGGUGUGCAAAUAUCAUUUAAUUUAAAUGUUGCCCUACCAUCCGUGGGUCACCUUCUCCAUGGGAGGCAAUCUGUGUGUGUCUCACUCCUUUCUUCCUGGCUCUUUAAACUCAAUACACCAUUCUGAAUAUUUGGGAUCUGGAAAGACCCUAGUGAAACUUGAUACACAAGUUCACUUCUGGAAUGCAGAAAACUUGAGGCUAGGUUUUUAGCAUGGUUUGAACUAUGUUCUUUCCAUUGAAAGCACUGUCCUCCCAUUGUUCAUCGAUUUGUUUGAGCGGGCACCAGUAAUGUCUCCAUUUUGAGACUUGUAACUGUUUUUGGCAUAUUGAAUAUGUCACGGGUAGCUUGCCAGGCUCUGCCGUGCGGGCGAGAUACUCUCAGUAGCUUGCCAGGCUCUCUGAGAGGGACAGAGGAAUCAAACCCGGGUCAGCCGUGUGCAGGGCAAAUGCCCUGCCUCCUGUGCUAUUGCUCCACCCCUGGAAUUUAAAAUAUACUGAAUCAUUUCUAAAAGUACAUAGGUAACUAGGGGCCUGGGGCAAGAACUCAAAGGAUGGAAGUACAGUUUGCAUGUGGGAGCCCUCUUGUAUCACAUGGGUUCUAAGCACUUAGUUAAGGGUGACCCUAAGUGAUCGCUAGGUGUGGCCCAAACAAACAAAGAAAAAUAAAGGUACAUUAUUAGCAAAUUGUAAUAUGGUGAAGAGAUCACUAAUAUCUGGGAAAGGUUAUGCUCUAUUUAUAUAACAUGAAUGCAACAUGUGUUCUAACCUCCUAAUGAAAAUACCCUGACCACCCCUAUCAGCCAUGCUAAGACAUCUUCCCUGGUAUUCCCUAAGUAUAAUGGAAAUUACUCUGUAGUCCGCUCUUGUUAUUUAAUAUGUGGCCUAAAUCUAUUUAAAAAAUACAAACACAAAAUACAAUUUUGAAUCCAAAAUUAUAUUUAAGUUUAUGACUUUUAUGGAUGUCACAUAACACCAUUUUGAUUGUAAACCAAAAAGUAGUUCAGCAAAUAGCCAAGAACACUUACCUACACAUGCUAUUUUCACUGUGUCCUGGAAUUGUUAACCCUAAUUCUGUGAUGUUUCUAAAAUGGGGCUAAUAAAGUAAACCAGCUGUACCACAUUUUUUUUGUAAUACAGCAAGUGACCAUAUCUUUGGGGAAAGAGAAAUUUCCUUUUACCCUGAUUUUUAGUUCAAAUCUUUUGAAAAAAAAAACUAAGAUAGGCUAUAGGUCACUUUGAAAGAUAAAAUAUUUAGAAAAUCUUUGAACUAUACCAAAUUGUAUUCUUCUUAAAGUCAGGACAAUUUAUGAAACAAUAUUCCACGGAAUAACAUAUGCUGCAGUAUAUUAAAAAAAAAACACAUAUCUCUAAUAUGACAGUAAGAAGGUUUAGCUUCUUAGGAGUUGGGGCGGGGGUAGGGAGACAUAUAAUGACAAAUUUUCAGACCCUAGAAAUGGAUUUCAUUUUUCAUGAUACCAUAGAGUGUUAAUGUCAUGUUUAUUUUGCAGUUUGCUAGAGCCUACUUUGAAACCACUACUCCAUACUUAACAGUGGAGGAAAUGGGCACCGAAGUAGAGAAUAGCUUCAGGUUUACACGUUUGCAUAGACUGUACACUGUUUGUAGCGCAUUUAUAGCACGUAGCUGGUAUUUGUUCCCCUAAGUAAUGUUGAACUAGUGGGUCUCAUUACUUCAUGUGACACAAAAAUGCAGAGACACUGUAAAUCAUAGAAUGUCUUCUCUUCUGAAGCCAAAUUAACUGCAGAAUAACAGAACCACUGGUUUAAUGUUUCUUCAACAUAGUUUUAAAUGGAAAUUUGCAUUCUAUGUAAAAUUUUGCUUAACAAUGUAGUAAAGAAUUGGUUCCAUGUCUACAGCUGAUAAAUUUAUAAUUUGUUGCCUUUUUUAUAUUAGAGCAGGUGCAAAAUUUUGAUGUGACAGAAUUAGAUAUCAUUAGCACUUGAAACUACAAUUUCAGAGAUUUAAGGCUUUGUGAUUUGAUUAACUACCACUGUUCUGUUACAAGUGCUUAUAGGCAUAAUAAGCUAAAUGUCACGCAUAUUUGUGAAGAACAUCCUAUUUGCCCCUUUGGGGAAUAAGAGGCACUCCUUAUUCUUUAUGAAUGACAGGUUCCUGGUUUGCUUUGUUGCUUAACAAUGUAGUAAAAUAAAGAAGACAAAGCUUUAA